GCAGACGUCGCGCACCUCUGCGUGAUCGUCUACACAGUUUGAACUUCAUACGGGCCUUGAAAUUGCAACAGCAGGGACGGAAACUACAGUGGCCACUUAACAGGUAUCUGGGCAUCCAUGGAUUUCUCCUGGGAUAAAACGCAGAUGACUUCAAUUUUUAAUGACGUUGUGAAACAGGGAUAUGUGAGAAUUCGCAGCAAACGUUUUGGGAUCUACCAGAGAUGCUGGCUGGUGUUCAAGAAGGCCUCCAGCAAAGGCCCCACCAUGUUUGAGAAGUUCUCAGAUGAGCAGGCCGCCUACUGUCGCCGCUCACACAAGGUAACAGAGCUGACUGACGUCAAAAAUGUGCUGAGGCUACCAAAGCUCAAGAAGAAGCAUGCAGUGAAUGUGAUUUUCAAUGACAACACCUCAAAGACUAUUGCUUUUGAGUCAGAACUGGAGGCCAAAGAGUGGUGCAAAGCACUACAAAUUGAAUGCCUUGAGUCAAAAAGUCUUGACCGAAAUUUUGGGGAGCCAGACCUGCUGGCGACAAGAGCACACAGAGAGCAGAGUGAGAGAUUCCAUGUGUUCUUGAUGCCAUCCCCUAGCUUGGAUGUACACGGGGAAUGCCUUCUUCAGAUUACUAUGGAAACCAUUUGCCUCUGGGACGUGCUCAACCCUCGCUCCAAAAUGGCCUCCUGGCCAUUAACAGCUCUGAGGCGUUACGGUCGAGAUAAAACUUGGUUUACCUUUGAGGCCGGGAGGAUGUGUGACACGGGGCAGGGGCUGUUCACCUUUCAGACGCGAGAGGGAGAGGCCAUCUAUAAGAAGAUCCACUCCGCCGCAUUAACCAUCGCAGAACAUCACGACUGGAUGACCGGGGCUUCCAAGAAUGAGAAGAACAUGGAAGAGAGGGUGGCUGAUAAGAUGGUGAAAUCGGCACUCUGUCUGAGCGAGCACUGGCCCUGCAUCAGCCAGCAGGCCGGCAGCACGCAGGCGGGAUGCUCGAAAGAGAGCAUCACAGAAGAAAACAUCAUUCCCUUAGAAGUCUUCAAGGAGAGGACUUACAGAUAAGAAUACGGAUUCCUCUGAAAUAAAAGACAGAAAAUAAACUCAUUGAGAGGAUGAGAUCUGAAAAGUACAUUUUUUAUUAUUAUUGUGUAAAUCUGAUAGAAGGAAUUUGAGCUGAAAUAUUUAGUAUUAGUUUUUAUGAUGAAUAUAUAAACUUGAUGUUUUCUGAUGCACUAGUGAUUUCACUAACUUUGCAUUCUAAUGCACUGAUUUCGAUUUUUUGCUAGGUAGUUUGUAACAUGUUAGAUAAUGAUACAUUACUUACAUGCAGUAUGCAAAAUAACUAAUGAUUGCUGUACAUUUCUUAUGUGAAUAACAUAAAUUAAGGAUUACAUAUCAAUAGGAAUUAAGUCGCUAUAUGUAUAUAUGUAGAGAAACGCAACUUACUAUUUCAUCUAUAUAGAUUAACAUGUAAAUAUAUAGGACAUAAUGAAAUUUUAAGUUUUGAAAUGUACACAUAGGAGAUUUACUCUUACCAGACAGUAGCAAAGAGUAUUGUGCCUUUUCUUUUAAAAAAACUGUUGUUCCACCAGAGUGUGCUAGUGGACUGAAAUACUUACUGUUAAUCGAAAAAAAUCCAUUGCACUAUUUGUAACUUUGUUAAACAGGUUAACUUUAUAUUAUGAAUUUUUUUGAUGUCCCAUUAUUCUACAUAGUGAUAACAUGAUCAUGGCUGUACCGUACAAAGCAAAACUCAACAUAAGAAAUAUUUACAUAAAUUGAAAUUAAUGUC